UGGUCGCCUUCUCAACCAAACUCCUGGGCUGGUGAUCUGUAUCGCAUCAUUCUUCCCCGCCCCCGUUGCGGGUCUGCGCCGUGGGGUGCUUGCUUUCUACACGCUCGUCACUCGUCCAUUAUUCCCUGUCAAAUUAUUCAGCAUAUGCCGGCGAUCGCAUCCAACAUUUUUUAAUUCGAUAGUCUGGUCUCCGACAAAGAGCCUAACCAACCCUUCGCGUUCUUCUAUAAGCAUGCUCUAUUCGGGCUUUAUGCUACCUUCUCAUACCCCGGGUGGACUCGACAGCAAUCAUGGAGGACGAUCCUGUGGACAAGACGCCUGAGUCGAAUGCUGAGCCCGUAUCCAAAGGCUCUCGGGGGAAAUCGAUCGCGAGGACCAAAGCAUCGGGCGCAGAGAAUGCCUCUGCUCCCAAACGACGUUGUGUUAGCACAGCAUGUAUUGCCUGUCGCAGAAGAAAAUCAAAGUGUGAUGGAAAUCUACCGAGCUGCGCCGCCUGUUCCUCCGUCUACCACACACCAUGUGUCUACGACCCGAAUUCCGAUCAUCGCCGGAAGGGUGUGUACAAAAAGGAUACAGACACGCAGAGAACGCGAAACACAACGCUGCAGACCAUAGUACAAGCGUUGCUGAAUUAUGACGAGGAUGACGCGAUUGAACUGGUACGGCAGAUGCGCUCCUGUGACAGUUUGGAAGAUGUGGCGGAAUCGAUUGUUGCUCGGGAGAGAGGACUUGCAUCCGGUACGGAGGGUGCCAUUGAAAUUAGCAGCGACGAGGAUCCUACACAAGCAGAUCAGUUCGAGUCCGAAUUGGCGGGAAAAAUGGGCGAGCUCAUGCUGAACGGCUCCCGCAAGUUCAUCGGAGGCACGUCGAAUCUCAUCUUCCUCCCACCGGGAUCCGAACUCUACGAAUUCAACCCGGCCCUCAGUGGUCCAGACUCGGGCAAUGAUGAUGACUAUUCCGUCACUCGCUGGACGAGGGUCACCGACGACGAGCAGUUGAUCAGCCAUCUCAUGACCAUGUACUUUACAUGGCACUACCCAGUCUUCACAACCCUCUCCAAAGACCUGUUUUACCGUGACUAUGUCAGUGGAACUUCGAGUCAAUAUUGCUCCUCUUUACUGGUCAAUGCAAUGUUGGCCCUUGGCUGCCAUUUCAGUUCCUGGGGAGGAGCCCGUCAAGAUCCUCAAAACUCAGCCACUGCAGGCGAUCACUUCUUCAAAGAAGCGAAAAGGCUGGUCCUUGAAAACGACGAACACGUGAAUGCCAAACUUUGCACUGUCCAGGCUUUAGGGCUCAUGUCCGUACGCGAGGCCGGUUGCGGCCGUGAAGGCAAAGGCUGGGUCUAUAGCGGCAUGAGCUUCCGCAUGGCGUUUGACCUGGGCCUAAAUCUUGAUGUUUCUAGCAUUGGCGCCCAUAGCCUUGGUGAGGAGGAGAUCGAUGCGCGGCGGAUGACCUUCUGGGGCUGUUUUCUCUUUGAUAAAUGCUGGUCUAAUUAUCUUGGACGCCAACCUCAACUUCCAACAUCCAAUGUCACUGUUCCGAAGAUUGAUGUCCUACCAAAUGAGGAAGCAGAGCUCUGGUCACCGUACACGGAUACUGGAGUGGGCCAUGAGCACACACAGGCAUCGAGAAUCCGAACGGUCUCUUUGCAGAUCUCGAAGUUGAGCGAGAUUAGCGGCGACUUGAUUGUGUUUUUCUACCACCCUGCUCCUACAGAAAAGCCUCCGUCCAAACAACAAGAGCUGAAGAGGCUCAGCGACAUUCACACGAGACUCGAAGCUUGGAAAAAGAAUUUGCCCAAAGAGUUGGAGUCUAAAGAGGGACAGCUACCCCAGGCUCUUGUCAUGCACAUGUUCUACCAGCUUCUCUUCAUACAUCUUUACCGCCCCUUUUUGAAAUACACAAAAUCAACCUCACCACUCCCCCAGCAUGUGUCACCUCGCAAGCUGUGCACUCAGGCUGCCUCGACAAUUUCGAAAUUGCUUCGAAUAUAUAAACGUAAUUACGGUUUCCGCCAAAUAUGCAAUAUUGUGGUUUACAUUGCUCAUACUGCCUGCACCAUCCACCUUCUUAAUCUACCCGAGAGGAAUGCCCAGCGAGACAUCAUUCACGGUCUCCGAAACCUCGAGGAGAUGGCCGAGAGCUGGCUUUGCGCUCGACGCACCCUUCGCAUUCUUGACAUAUCUGCCAACAAAUGGCAGGUUGCAUUGCCACGUGAAGCCCUUAGCAUAUUUGAGCGAACACAUACCAAAUGGGGCUCAUGGGGUUCCUGGGACCAGGCGACCUCGCCCUCAGCAUCUGACGAGUCUCCCUCAAUGGUGUCGGCUCAACCUUCAGCUCCUACCCCAAGCGCAUUCUCACCACCUGAAAGACAUAUUUCGCUCGCACAGCACAGUAGCACCUCUACUCCCGGGCCUGUUCAAGUAACUGGGCCCAUGGGCACUCAAUUCCAGCCUGGAUCUUCCGCUGCCGCCUCUCUACAAGCAAUGCGCGAGGCUCACCGUUCCUUCAGUGCUCAGUUGCAGCGAGCAGAUGUACCCUUACCAGAGCCGACCUAUCUGAGACCUGUAUACCAACCUGUCCCUACCGUUCCACUCUCUCAGCAUGAUACAUGGUUCAGCGGCACGAGGAAUCAAAUACGACCACUAAACGCCGGACAAGAGACCCCAUCCACCACCACUACCACCACUGCAACAUCACCAAUGCACAACUUCGACACACCCGAGAACCUGGUAGAAGAAAGCCAGCAUUGGUGGUCCCGCGGCCCCAACGCAAUGAACCUCGGAAUCGACAACUGGCCUGACGGAUGGUCCGCGGGGGUUUCCAGUACAGCAGCUCCAAGUCUGCGGUAUGAAGGCCAGAUACCCAGCUCCGGUGUUGGACAGGCACCGGUUACGGAUGCCGGGUCCAGGCCGUCGCAGUCACUCACUUUCCCAAUCGCCGUGCCUACUCCGAGUAUCAGUGAGUCGGGAACGGACCCGAAUACAUCGGGUUAUAGCAAUGUUAUGUUCCCGGGGAAUUUCCAGCAGUGACUGUUGUAUAUAUGAAUGUUUAUAUAGCGAUGUUUUGUAUGUACUAUGGAGUAUUUUUAGUAUUAUGGUGGUGUUGGGCGCUUUGGGAUGGAGAUCUACUUCGUUUUUAAGUCUUUUUGAUAUACCCGUAAACCCAAGUCAGAGGCCAGGUCGUUUCUUUAGCUAGAUAGCGAAACGAACGCUCUACUCUACAU